AUGUCACCCUCAUAUAUCACACUACCGCCGGCUCUUCCUUCCGAACUCCUGACCUGGAUAUUGAAUCACGGUGCUUAUCCUACCACUGUUUUAAUCUGCAAACCUCGUGCAGCAUUCAUCUCCUCCCUUCUUGCAGAUGUCACCUCGAGCACUCCAACUUUACCACCAUCACCCAUCGACGUAUCUCCCUCUCCUCCCAAUCCGGCGACCGGCACCGCGCAAUCUCAGACGCCCUCUCACUCACUCCUCAUCAAGACUCUCCACCAGAUCUCCCUCUCACGUCAUAUAUCUCUAAUUUAUAUUCCCACGAUCUCUCAUUUGCGCGCCCAUCUCUCUGUCCUUUCCCCAGAGACAGCUUCAAAGAUCGGAGCUCCGCCAGAUCAAAAAUGGGAUAAAGUGGGUAGGAAAAGGGCGAUGAUUGUUGUAUAUGGAUUGAUAGACUUACAUAGGGAUACGAGUGAGUGGAGUGCGCAGGGGUUAAGUAGGAGUUUGGCAGGCCUGGUUGAAAGUAGUGGAAGGGACAAGAGGGUAGUGGUGUGCUUGGAAGAAAAGGAGAGGAAAACAGAAAGGAGUGAGUUAACGGAAAUGGAUGCUGACGGCGAUGAGGAAAUUGGCGGUCGAAUUAAUGACAGAAGUGGGCUGGAAUCGGAUGGGGACAUGGGACGAGACAAUAGAACCUGGAAGGGGUGGGAUGAGCAUGUUCCGAUGCUAAAUGGAAGUGUGAGGCGCACUGGAUUAGAUGGUGAAGAUAGCGGUUGGAGUGGGAGAACUAUAGAGGUUGGCCGGAUAUUCGCAAGAUGGUUUGAGUUCGGAAAUGCAGAAUGGAAUCAUCGUACAUAG